UUUAACAACUCUGAAAUAGCAGAAAUUUUUGUUUAUUGUUUACAAAAAAUAUUGUCGAAUAUUGAAUGAAUUUGUUUAGUUUCUUUUUUAUAUUUUAAAAUACGGUCCACCAUGGAUUCUUGUUUACUUUGUUUGGAAAUUAAUAAAAGUUUGGAUGAUGAAUGCAUAAAAGUAAAUUCAGAAAAAUGGCAACAACAAAACAUGAAAGCUUUAAUAGAUAAACAUUUAUGGCCAAUGGAACAACUAAACGCUUCCUCUUGGGUGUGUAAAGAUUGUGGAGCAGAAUUAUAUGAUUUUCAUAAAUUUUACAAACGUAUAGAGUUGGCUCAACAGAAGUUUGGGCCGGUUUUAAAAAGUGAAGAUGAAACGGAAGAUUUUGAAGCAAAAGAUAUGGAUUGUGACAGUGAAGAUUGUAAAGAUAAUCUAUUUGAUAAGAAUAGCUUAGUGGAAAGUCAUCUAGAGCCACAAGUUAUUAUGGAACAACCUUUACCCACAGACUUUAUAUUAGAAGGACCAUUUAUUAAAAGUGAAAUAGCAGAGGAGAUCGAUCAUGAUGAUAUUCCGCUUAAACAACUAAGAAAAAGAGGACGUCCAGCAAAGGAUUUUUUGGAACAUUCCACUGAAAUUAAGGAAGACCCUUUAAAGAAAACUAUAAAAUAUAAAACUAAAAAGAAAAUAAAAGAAAAAAUUUCAGAGGAAACUGAUAAGAUAGAAACAGAUAAAUUGGAUAUAAAAACUAACACUUUAACUCUAACAGACUCUAAAGAUAACAAUGACUCCGAAACAGAUACCGAAGUAACAACAGCGGAAAGGACAAAAAAGAAAAAUCAUCGAAAUUUGGAUGAACAAACUCUAAAGGAAUACGAUAAAAUUAUAGCGGAUAAUUUUAAAAUUUUCUGCGAUAUUUGUCAAAGUGCAAUGGAUAACUUUUUAUCCCUCCGACGACAUUUUAAAUUGGAACACCAACAACGUGGUUAUGCUCGCUGUUGUAAGAGGAAUUUCUUCACACGCUCCCUAUUAGUGGAUCACAUAAAUGUUCAUCUAAAUCCCGAAUAUUUUAAAUGCGAUCAGUGUGGAAAAGUAUUUUCAGAUCGUAGUCGUUUGCAAUGUCAUAAGAAACUGCAUGACGAUGAUAGUAAACUGGAUAAAUGUGAUAUCUGUGGUAAAUUGUUUGCUGAUAAAGGAGCUUUAAAGAAACACGUCUUGACACAUUCCUCUCAAAAAUUGUUUCCAUGUACAAUAUGUGGUAAAUACUUUACCAACUCCUUCAUCUUAAACCAUCACAUUGAGGCUGUACAUCAGAAUAAAUUUGUACAAAUCUGUGAUAUUUGUGGCAAAUCAAUACGUUGUCCCACUGCAUUUGCAAGUCAUAUGGAAAAACAUGAAGUAAAAUCCACUCCCAUUAGUUGUGAUGUUUGUGGUCUUUUGCUUUCCAAUAAAGAGGGUCUAAAACGUCACAAAAAUUCCCAACAUCCGGAGGGUGGCAAAAAAGAACACACCUGUCACAUCUGCUCAAAAGUAUCGCCCACACAAAGGGCUCUUAAAUCACAUAUACGUUCCGUGCACGAACAGGGCUUCGAUUACAAGUGCAGUUUGUGUGAAAAGUCAUUUAAACGGCCGGCCGUUUUAAGGGAACAUAUGGCUACACAUACGGGAACGGCUUUAUAUACAUGUCCAUGGUGUCCGCGAACAUUUAUUUCGAAUGGUAAUAUGUAUAAUCAUCGUAAAAAUGCCCAUCCAAAAGAAUGGGAAGAGUUGAAACGUCAAAAAUAUGCCGGAAAUAUAUCGUAGUAUUUGAUUCAUGAAGUGUGAAGUUAAAAGUAAUUUAAUUUUAGUUAAUUAAGUCAAGAAGUAACAUUAUCAGAUGAUUUAACAAUAAUCGUUUUUCUGAAUCGACCGGUAUCAGAGACUAAGCUAUUGGCGCUUUUAAAAAUCUUUCAAAAGCCUCCGUGUAUACUAUCUGAGAGAAAGUUCUGUGAAACCUAUUAUCGCCGCAGGUUGGUAAACGAGACCAAACGAGAAAUUAUUAGAUUUUUUGUAGUUCGCAUGUUAUGGUCUACAGUUCUAUUGCAAUUCACCCUGACGAAGCAGCUUUAACAUAACUCCUGAUUCUGAACGUUGCUAGACUUUUUCUAAUCGUUCGGGAAGAGAUGAGACGAAAUGGAGAGUUGUUUGUUUGCAAACUUCACAACCUUCCUCAUUUACAUCGCAUCUUAAGCACAGGUUGGCCUCGAUGGCAUAUCAAUGCUGACGUUAAAACAUUCGACUACCUGAUGAUAGUUCUCAAACUGUGUAGGAAAAGGGUAGGAUGAUAACGAUCUUCAAACCAGGAUGUUAGAAUCUUGAGACAAACGUUAAAAAACCCAUAGAGUUAAACAAUAUAAUAAACUCUCACAUAAGAAAUUUCUUUAACCACUUGUAAAAAAGUGCUUCGGUGGCCAGAUUAAGGCUAUGAACCACGCAAAAAGUUUAAUUUUACUUCUAACAUGCUAACGCAAUCACGCACAAAUUCCGAAGUAGAAACAAUGUUUUUAAUGUGCUAGUAGCCAGAACUUAGGAACUAAUUGUCAUGGAUUAAAUGCAAACCAUUGAAAACAUACAAACCAUCUUAAAUGCCAUACCAACUUAAUGAAUUGGGAAUGACAAUUUUUUAAUUAAUUUCUGUAAUUUAGAUAAGUUUUCUUAAAAAGUCAUUUUUAUAUUUCCUUUUUUUCAAGUUCAAUUCAUUGUAAAUCACAUUAAACAAUAAAGUUUAUUUUAUAUUUGAA